UUGAGCCCAGAGAAAAGGCAAUUCCCGGGACAGCUUUGUAAAGUUGAGCUGCAAUUCUGCAACCAACCUCAUCCAAAACCUAGAAAAACCAAAUCUAUACCCACCAAAAUAUCAAAUCCCGGAAGAAAGUCCCCAUCUUUUCUGCUUCGCUGUACGGUCAACACUCCGGAUACUGAAUAUCAACGAUGCCUGUUUUCAAAACCCCGUUCAAUGGCUACUCUGUUAAGUUCUCGCCCUUUUACGAGUCCCGUUUGGCCGUAGCAACCGCCCAAAACUUCGGCAUAUUAGGCAACGGUCGUGUCCACGUCAUCGACCUGUCCCCGAGCUCCCCAGUCAUCAACGAACUCAUCGCCUUCGACACCGCCGACGGAGUCUAUGACGUCGCUUGGUCCGAAUCGCACGACUCGGUCCUCGUCGCCGCCAUCGCCGAUGGCUCCAUAAAAAUCUACGACACCGCCCUCCCUCCUCACUCCAACCCUCUCCGCUCCCUCAAAGAACACGCCCGUGAAGUCCACGGUCUAGAUUACAACCCCACGCGGCGCGACUCAUUCCUCUCCGCUUCAUGGGACGAUUCCGUCAAGCUCUGGACCCUCGACCGCCCUGGUUCCCUCCGCACUUUUCGGGAACAUGCGUACUGCGUGUAUUCCGCCUCGUGGAACCCCAAACACGCCGAUGUUUUCGCCUCGGCUUCAGGUGACUGUACGGUAAGAAUCUGGGACGUUAGAGAACCCGGUUCAACGAUGAUAAUCCCGGGUCACGAACACGAAAUCUUGUCUUGUGAUUGGAAUAAGUAUGAUGAUUGUUUGAUUGCUAGUGCAAGUGUAGAUAAGAGCAUUAAAAUCUGGGAUGUUAGGAAUUAUAGGGUGCCGGUUUCAGUUCUUAAUGGUCACGGUUAUGCUGUUAGGAAGAUUAAGUUUUCGCCGCAUAGGAGGAAUUUGAUUGUGUCUUGUUCGUAUGAUAUGACGGUUUGUUUGUGGGAUUUUAUGGUGGAAGAUGCACUUGUUGGAAGGUAUGAUCAUCAUACAGAGUUCGCAGUUGGGGUGGACCUGAGUGUGCUUGUUGAUGGACUCAUGGCUAGUACUGGCUGGGAUGAGCUUGUUUAUGUUUGGCAACAGGGAAUGGACCCCAGAGCUUAAAAAGGAAAGUCUUUACAUCUUUCUCUUUUAUUUGGUUUGGUUUUGGUAUAAUUCAUUAUCAUAAUUAGAAUGAACACUGGAGUGGUUUUGAUCUUUGAAUAGGUAGAAACUGAUGAAUGAUAUACUUGGGAGGGGAUUGAUAAUGGGGCAUGAUGGUGUUGUUGUAGUUAAUUGUAAUUUGGUAUACCUAUGUCAUGCCUUUCCAGAAUUGCAUUUGUUCUUGAUGAAUAACUUAUCCUUACUGUAUUGAAUAUCAAUCCCCUGUAUAUCAAUUCUAAUAAAGCAAAGAAGUUUAUAUUUUACCUUACA